CUAAUGGGCCGGAUGGGCCUUGAGCUUAAACCCUAAGAAACUACGGCGACACCGCCGUCUCUCGCACAUCGAUCGAUCCCGGAGCUCCUCGCCGCCGCCGCCCCGAGCUCCCCGACUCCGCGCUCUCCCUUGCGGCGGCCCAGGACGGGCUUCUCCUCCCGCCGCCUGCGCCGAUCUCCCGCGAGCAGGGGCGCUGUCGUCCUUCAUCCUCACCGUGCAGAUAUUCGGAAGUCAGACAACAAUGGCAACAACUCUGAAAGAUGCAGUUGCACGGAAGCCUGUGUUGGCAACGAUCCGCCUUAUCGUCCCGGCUGGUGCUGCCCGCCCUGCGCCACCAGUUGGUCCGGCGCUGGGUUUCUAUAGGCUGAACUUGAUGGCAUUCUGUAAAGAUUUCAAUGCAAGGACUCAGAAGUACAAGGCAGAAACUCCUAUGCAGGUUACCUUAACUGCUUACAAGGACAGCACAUUCGAGUUCGUAGUCAAGUCGCCCUCUGUCGCAUGGUUCCUCAAGAAGGCAGCAGGGAUUGAGACCGCCAGUAGUCGUCCAGGUCAUGUCAUGGUGUCAUCGCUCACGCUUCGCCAUGUCUACGAGAUAGCAAAGCUAAAGCAAUCUGACCCCUACUGCAAGCACAUGUCAGUCGAGGCGUUGUGCAAAUCAAUCAUUGGCACAGCCAACUCCAUGGGCAUCGAGAUCGUUAAAGAUCUAUGAGCAGGUUGGCCCAUCUUUGAUCAUGGGGGAGUUGGCUGGUUGCUCAAUGAUUUUGUGUAUUACUAAUUUUUAGUUGGGGAAGUAGAGUGUGCACUGUUUUAUUGAGCUCUUAAUGAGUCCCGUGCCUCUGAAAUAACCUUCAGUACAUGCAUUUUUCUCUCUGCAAUUCUGAACUGAAAUAUGCAAUUCCCACAGAAGGUUCUCAGCGAUGCUGAUUUAUGAAAUGUAGUCAUGGUACAUUGAAAAUAAUGGAUUUCUCUGAUGAUGGAACUCAUCAGGCCUCGGUGAA